AUGGCUUCCGCAACCACGUUCUUCGACUUCACUCCCAAAGACAAGCGCGGCCAAGAAUAUCCUUUGUCGCAGCACAAGGGCAAAGUCGUCCUCGCAGUUAACACGGCCUCCAAGUGCGGAUUCACCCCCCAGUUUGCCGGGCUCGAAGAGUUGAACAAGAAGAUCUCUGAGAAAUACCCGGGUCAAUUCGUCAUCAUUGGAUUCCCCUGCAACCAGUUCGGCGGGCAGGAUCCUGGCUCGAAUGACCAGAUCCAAGAGUUCUGUCAGGUGAACUACGGUGUCACCUUCCCUGUCCUGGGAAAGACAGAUGUGAACGGGGACAAGGCUGAACCAGUGUUUGAAUGGAUGAAGACAGAGAAGCCGGGUCUGUUGGGAUUGAAGAGAAUAAAGUGGAAUUUUGAAAAGUUCUUGAUCGGUCGCGAUGGAAAGGUCCUGCACCGAUACUCGAGCAUGACCAAACCGGAGAGUCUGGAGAAGGAUAUCAUCGCGGAGAUUGAGAAGUCCAAGUCCGGAUAG